AUGAAUAGAGCAGCAGUGAACAUUGAUGAGCAAGUGUCUGUGUGUUCACGCUUAGAUGCCAACCACUACUGCUGCUGCCAGCACCAAGUAUUCAUCCUCAACCUUCUGAUUCUGUCAGCAUUCCCUUCCUCAAGUUGUCAAGACACCACUGAUGAGGACCUUUUCGCCAGCUUUCCGUCUUCCUCCCCAUUGCCCUUCCUCUUGCUCUUAGAACCUUCUCUAUUGCCAAGAAUGUCUUCUGAGAAGUUAGACGAGAACCAUCAGCCUAAAAAGCUGUCCUUUCCACGUGGAUCCCAGGACAAGGAGACUUCUGACUUCACGAUGCCGACAUACUCUCUUAGCCAGACCAUUAACACCCAGAAGCCGCAGCAGUUUGCUGAGAUGCACCUGGCUGAAAUACAAAAGUUGUUUGAGAAGGAGACAGGCAAGAGUGGAGCCCUGGACAAGAAAACUUUUACCAGGAUCAUGAGGAAGGUGAUGAGCGACAUGACGGAGGAGAUGCUUGAGGUGCUCUUCUUGAAGGUGGACUCGGACUGCAAUGGAUUUGUCAACUGGCAAGAGUAUGUGGAUUAUAUGAUGCGUGAGUUCCAGGGCAAGGAGGAGAUAAGGAAGAGCCAAUACCGCCUGCGCUUCCACCUUCCCAUGACCAUCAUCCCCCUGCACCAUGGGAGCGAGAUUGUGAAAGUGGAAUUUUUAUUCAAACGGUUCAAAACGAUGGGGUAUUUCCUGACUGUUACGAAAGACGGGCUCCUCCAGUUCUGGUCUGAGGCCUUCUCAAUGAUAUCCUCCUUUCGGCUUGCCCAGCCCCAGCAGUUCUACCGCCAGCAGAUGUGGGUAGUUGACAUGAUAUGUCUGCACAACAUGAACCUCAUUGCAGUUGCCUCGACUGAGCUAAAGAUAGAGUUCUAUGAUAUCAGUAACCAAAAGUGUAUCCGGGUCUUUACCUUUAUUGACAUGGAUAGCUGUGUCAUGGUCAUGAACUAUUGGACCGACAAUCAGAAAGGUGUGUUCUGCUUCGGGGACGCCAAGGGCAACGUCGUCAUCUUCAUCACUGAAAAUGUGGCUAGUGGACUGUUCAACCCACAAAUCCUUCCCCGGACCAUCAAAUGGGAUCAAUGGAUCAAUAUUCCCUUGCAGAAACUCUUAAAUGAGAAGUCCUCUCAGUACAGAAAUUUCCGAGUGAAGAGUCUCCACUCCACUUGGUGCCAGCAGAUCAAGUUCAUCCCCCAGCUGAAUGUGGUAGCCUCGUGUUCAGCCAUUGAGAGGUCCUCUCUUGUUCUCGUAAUACUGCCAGCCAAAGGCCCUGAGAAACCCAGGUUAUCAUCGCUGAAUUUAAGAAAAGGAAUUCUUUGCUUUGAUUACUGUCCAGAGAGGAACUUUUUGGUCACUGGUGGCUAUGACCCCCACAUCCGCCUGUGGAACCCCUUGGUCUCAAAAAAGCCAGUGUGGCUGAUGAAGGGACACCAGACAUCAGUGACGCACCUCCUCGUGAACAGCAAGUACACCAGCAUCCUCAUCAGCAUUUCCAGGGACAAGAACAUUCGAGUGUGGGACCUGCAUGACUAUGUGUGCCUCCAGUCCUUCUGUGGGAAGUUUUUCCCUCUGGGCAACUGCCCCAUCACCAGUGCCUACUUCCACAGAGACAGCACCCUCAUCUGUAGCACCUACGACAUUGGGAUCCUUGGAGGAUACUUGGAGUCCCAGGGCCCCACGAAAACAGGGAAGAUGACCACUCACAGCUCAAUCCUGUGUGCCGUCCUCUACAGCAAGAUAUUUAAACAGGUGGUGAGUGGCUGCCUAGUGGGCACCGUGAGUGUGUGGGACAUCACCACGGGCAAGAAGAGGAUGGAGUUCUCUGUGUGUGGCAUCCAGCAAGCCGAGCUGACCGCCAUGGCACUGGACGAGUCGGAACGGUGUCUGCUCACAGGCUUGCGUGAUGGCAUAUUGCAGAUGUGGAACUACAACACAGGGGAGUGCCUGAUGAGCUUUCCCAACCCGGACGGAGUGGAGAUUAGUGGAAUUGUCCACAUGAAGAAAGCAUACUACAUGGCGGGGUGGAGCAAGAGAAUCACCCAUUUCACUUUCCAGUAGACCAUGCUGGUACUCUCCUGCUACCACUGGCAGACCUUCCACACGGAGGACAUCCUGUGCAUGGCCAAGUAUCAGAACCAGUUCCUUGGGACCGCUUCCUACAAUGGCGACAUCAUUUUCUGGAAUGUGAGCAUGUUGAAGCCCAUCUUGAGUUUCAAUGCCUCUAGGAGCCCUUUGCCUAUACAGCUGAAGAAGGUACAGUCAUAGUGCCUUGCAUUCUCCAGCCUAAAGCUGGAAUGCGAAGAGCAAAAGUGGGCUCACUCACCUGGCAGGAAGCCUUCCGCCUCUGCGAUACGGAGGCUGAUGUCAGCUCCCCCGGUGAUGCAUCACCAGAGAGACUCUGAGCAAAAAAGGAAAAUGUCUCAGGAGCCAGGUCAAAAAGAUGCUCAGAAGAAAAAGGUGGAUUUCUGGGGGAAGCUGAACCUGCAUCCCAGUGUGUCCGUGGAAAAGAUAAUUUUUCUGCAGACCAGACCUCGCCUGCCACACACAGCUGCCAUGCUGAGCAGCUGCAUCGACGGCUUCAUCUACGCCUGGUCCAUCCACGGGAAUGGAGGUCUGCUGGGGAAGUUCCCUGUGGACCUUAAAGAGAAUGGUGACAAUGCUGCUGUGGGUGCCAUGGCCACCGAUGAGAACGACUGGAUCCUCCUCACAGGGGACAGCAAAGGGGUCAUCAAGAUCUGGGACAUCAAGGAUUACUGCUUAUUUACUGGCUGGAAACCACCCCAUCCCAGCGAGGUCAAAGACAGUGGAGGAAAGAAUAAAUUCCGGCUCUUAAUUUCUAAGCAACUCCAGCUCCAACCUGUGAACCACAUUCCACAGAAGGAGAAGGAGGUUGUGGAGGGCCACACCAUUUCUCUGGUUCCCCCACCACUUCUGGUUUCCUGGACUAGCCACGUGGAAAGCAUAGCAGAUAUCCUGUUUGUGGAAACCUUCCAGGUGGUUAUCAGUGCUGGCAAGGACCGGGACGUCAAGGCUUGGAAACUCACUGGUGAUGCCAUAGGAACAUUUGGUCCGCAUAUUUGGGAGAAGCUGCAGGAUGGCCUGAGCAUAGACGAUCUGGAGCAGAUGACAAGUGUGGAGGAGAAGCCCGACUCUGUCCACUCCACUGUCAGCAGCUCCUGGCUGGAGCUGCGAAAGGAACUGGAAGCAGCCCUGUUGCACCAGCAGCGUGAGCAGGCAGCACUGAUGGCCCUCCUGCACGGCAAAGAGGAGAAGGAAGCGGAGGCGUGGGCCAGGUUGCACCAGAUGUCCCUCAUCUCCCCCUGGAAGGGCAGAGAACAGUUUGAGACCGAGGAGAGCUGGAAUGAAUGGGUUAAGGACAAGCAGGUAAGCACAAUCGUGGGAGCGGCGUACAAACCCAAGGAACGUGUGCGGAACGCCAACCUCCUGGCUUCCAGGGUGCAGUAUAACUGGAUGCGGCAGCAGAUCUCCCCUCAGGUCUAUCAAAGCCUGUGCUGCACCGACCUUAAGCCAGUCCAGCAUCCCGACUUCCUGAUGUUUAGGGUCCUGGACCAGCAGAGCCGGCACAUCCGCUGGGUGGCCAGUGAUAUCCGGAACGAGCUGGAAGCUGUCCGUGGUCAGAUCUUCACAGGAACCAGCAGCACACCUCUUGGCUCGAUCUCCUCCCUCUCCGUGCAUUCCCUGGGAGCUUCAGCCUCCCGGAUUAUGGACCCUACCCCUGUGAAGUCUUCUGCAUCCUGCCUGAGACCUUUCUCAGCCUCUCCAGCUCCGUCUGCCUCUUCUCUAUCACCCCAGACCUUCUCCCGCAGAGGUCAGAAAACCCAAUGCCAGUUGAUCCCUUUCUCAUUCAACAUCCAAACCCCGGGGGAGCAGCGUUCAUGUCCUCUAUGAAGAGUGGCUCCUACCUCAUGUUUUGAGGUGUUUAUUCUUUUCUCUAUUCUGUAGCAGGGGACCCAUAAAGCAUUGCAUGUCCCUGGCUUAUUCUCCUCUAGGCCUAGGGGAUGCAGCCCUUUUUCUGGGGGCCACCACACUGCGUCCGUCUGGAUAAGUCCAGCUGUCUUGUGGCUCUGCACAAUUCUGGAGAAGACAAUAAAUGUUCUUCUGUGUUA